ACUAAAAAAAAUAGUGCAGUGACAACGUCCGUCGGGGAGGGAUGUGUUACUUUGCACUUUAAUUUUAAGUUUAAAUUGUAUCGUUAGCUAUAGAACAUUAGAUUAAUAUUUAAUUCAUGUUCACAGUUCUUCGACAUAGUAAUACCUAGUUAUUAAAGGUCUUAAACUCAGUUAAAUGUUAGUUUUAUCGAAAUAAACUCGACAAAUAGUUACCUGAAAGAGUAAAUAAAAAGUGAAACGAUAAGAACCUUUCUAGAGAUAAGCUGGACCGGUUCUCGUAAGAAAAAAAGGUCUUCUCUGAGGAAUUCAAGAUUAUGUCAUUAUCUUCGAGAGACAAAUGAUAAAAUAGUGAAUACUUGAUAUUACAUGAGUGAACAAGAAGAGCUCAAGAUUAACUUAAGAGCCUACUGUUCUGUACCGAAAUGUGCGCGGCAAUUGACAUGUUGGCAUCGGAGUCGUUCUACGGGCACUCACCGCCCGCCGGCUUUCUAUCAGACUACAGUAUACCACCAAGAAGACCUACAAAGCUCACAGCAAGAGGCUUUUCAGCACCAUGUUUAACGCCCCUCAAACCUGUGCAAUUGACUCUGAAAUCAGCACCAAGAUCCUGUUUAAGGAUAGCUAAUGAGAAGAAGAAGAAAAAGGUCGUUUUCGCAGACGAUAGAGGGUUCGCGUUAGAACAGAUCAAGUUCAUGACAGAACCAUCUCAUGUUCCACCUUACUGGGCGCUGAAGAUCGUCUCCAGUCCACCUCUAGAGAGGAAACCAGCACCGAAACCAGUGGUCGAUUUAUGGGAGACAAGAUUCGUGCAACCUGCUUCAGAUUAUUUAGAAUUCAGAAGGCGAGUAACACAAGAUUGCGUGUCUUUAGAAAAUGUGAUUAUCAAACAAAAUGAGUGUGCGGUAGACGGUACAGUUAAAGUGAAAAACCUGGACUUUACAAAGGAAGUGUUCGUGCGUACUUCGUCAGACGGAUGGCUGACGAGUGAAGACACCUUUUGCGCGUUCGUAGAAUCUGGACCCUUGAACCAGAAUGGAGUAUCAACUUACGAUACUUUUGGCUUCAGACUGCAGUUGCCAAUUCAUUCUAGAAGAUUGGAAUUCUGUGUUUGCUUCAAAUGCAAAGGUGAGGAGUAUUGGGACAACAACGGAGGGUCAAAUUACACGAUAGAGAAGGCCUCAGUCCGAAGCACUCCAGCUGUAUCUUGUGCUCGAAUCAAAUUCGGGAAUUCUUGGACUACAAGAUCGAAUGGGGACGGUAAUGUGCCUUACUGGUGAUUAAUAAAAAAGGACUUUAAAUGAAUUAGUGCCGAAAGCCUGACGGCUGGUGAUUACGUGCCAUAACGGUUCCUAGUGAUUUUCAAGGUCUGUAUUUUUUUAAUUAUUGUAUGGCAGAGUUUUCGCCUUUUGAGAGCGGAUUUUUUGGAAAUGUUAUUAUAGCUUUUUUUGAAAAGCAAAUGCCAAUUAGUAAUGUAAUUUGUUGGUUAGUUUGCAGCUAGAUUAUAUUUCCCGCCCUUAGAUAAUGCUGAUUUUUUAAAUAAGCAUUUCUUUUGCCAUUUGUCUAUGGGUUUGGUGACUGGUGAUAAAUGCAGAAUAAUACCUCCCUUUAUUUUAAGAAAGUGGUGAUACUUCAAUUUAAUAAUAUUUGAAAGCCAUUUUAGAUCUAGAUUAUAACUUAGACAUUAAACAAGUCUUGUUUUGAGAAAAAAAAACUUGAGACUAAGUCUUGCUCUUUCGAAAUAAUGUAAAAGAAAGACAGUAAGUCACUCGAGUCUUAGGAAGAUCUUUUUUCGUCUUCUAUACAUAGAAAUAGAAUUCUCUAUGGUAAGAGGUUAAUGACCUUAAACUUGUCUUGAAAACUUUAAUUAUUCUGUUUGUUUACUAAUUAAACUUUAGUCACACUCUGUCCCUUUCUAAUAUAUGUAAAAGAAAAAGAUAGAAAUAAUGUCGUUAAGUAUUCGUCGUUUAUUUUUACAGCUGAAGAAUAAGUUGAUUUGUCAUUUUCUGUUCUUUUCCAAUCAUUUGUAAGAAAAAUAUGGAGUGUGAUUAUAAUUAGUAAAUAAACAGGCUUUAAUACAAUGAAAAAAAAUGGGAAAUAAUACACAUUCAUACCUAUGUCUCGAAUGUCAAAAUGUGUGAUUGUGUUCAUUUAGAUAGAGAACAGCAAACGUCAUUGAAAUCUUCGAUUAACCAAAAUAGAGCAUUAAUUAAAAUAAUUAAUAGCUUUUCAAUGUGACGGAACUCAUUAAAAUUUGCAUGUUAAGUGCCUAUUUUUAAUUUUCGGUUGUCACUAUGCAGCGUCGUGAUUUUUAUGUUCAAAACUCGUUUAUCCGGAAUUGGUAGAUUUUUGCUAGUUUUUUUUUACCGUUUUGCCUAGAAUAGACUUUUAGUCUGUAAGGCUGGUUUUUAAAGACAUAUUGAGGAAAUAUAGACUUUUGGUAAUGCAGUUUGGAGGUCAAAUUGCAUUAAUGAUGAAGGUUUUUUUUUCAAAAUGUCGUGAUUAAAUGAUCUGAGUAAUACAGUUUUGAAUAACGAUUUAGGAAGGGAAAUCUAAAAUACAAAAAAAGUAAAAUAGCAAGUGAUUACCGAUUCAUAUGAGUUUUUUGAAGAUUUCAAUGACAGCUGUGCAAACUUGAAUGUUCUAAAUACAAUAUUGGUCACAAAUGUGGCCAAAACAAUGGUGCCAAAAUUUUUGAAAGACGUCAAAAAUAAACACGACUUUACCACAAGACCUUUGAUUGCAAUAAAUAAAUUAACUUUAAUCAUAUUAAUAUGCACUUAACAACAGUAUAUCAAAGAAAAAGUAUACCCAAUAAAAAAUAAACAAACUUUUAAUUUUGUUUUGUCUACAUUUGUCGGCCAUCUUGAAUGCCUAUACGAUAAACCGACGCCAUUACUGUUUAAUAAUAAAACCUAUCUAAUCUUCUUGUUAUUAUUUAAUAGUAGUGAAAUACCUACUUAUUUAUUUAUUUAUUGCAAUCAAAAGUUAAUAUUUAAACAAUUCUGUCUGAAGGUCAUUUUGACAAUAGUUAAGGUCGCAUUGACUGGUAGCGGGAAUUUCAAAUAUAAUCUAUUUUUUUAUAAACAUUCGAUAUGAGUUGUGAUCUUAUAAAGUUCUUACAGUUCAAAUGAAAUUCGAUAUAUCGUUAUGUUUUGUUUCAAAAAUUUAUCGGGUUACAUACAAUUGAAUUGUAAGAACUUUAGAAGCUAAACAAGGACAUCGAAAAUUACUUUUAGGUAUUUUAUAACCGCGAAUGAAUGUUAACUUAGCCAAAUGGGCAAAAAAUAUUUUAUAUUUGAAUUUCCCUAUACUAGUUGAAGUAUACACCUAAAAAAUAUUGUCAUUUUGACAUCAAUAUGACAUCCUUUGUUGAUUUGCAAAUAUCAUGGCAUAGGGGUCACCGAAUGUUUUGUGUUAGUUGACACACUUAGUUGACAGCUGUCAGAUUUCAAAAGGUGUAAUUUUAUUAUGUCAGAUAUAGUCAGAAAAAUAACUUAGGUACUACUUACCAAAGAAACUUAUUUCAAUUGACUUUCAAAAUUAAUAUAAUUUAUUAAAUAUCAAGUUUUGUACAAAACUUGUGUUACAACCUCUGCUUACUCUAUGAAAGAAAUAAGUGAGAUGGUAUAAUUUUUUAAUGAAAUUUAAUUUGUAGCAACUGACAUACUGAUAUUUUUAAAGUUAUUUAUUUGGCAGAAUAAGUUAGAAUAGGAUGACCAAGUUUCAGAGGGCACUAUAAACUGUAGGUCCCGGCUGUAAUUUGAACAUCUUUGGCAGUAGUUAGAGGUAGUCAGAAGCCAGUAAGUCUGACACCAGUCUUAGGGGUAUUGGGUUGCCCGGGUAACUGGAUUGAGGAGGCCAGAUAAGGCAGUCGCUCCUUGUAAAACAAUGGUACUCAGCUGCAUCUGGUUAGACUGGAAGCCGACCCCAACAUAGUUGGGAAUAGGCUAGGCAGAUGAUAUUUGCCAAAAUAAUGAGAAAAGACUAGUUUGUCAGUUGCUUCUUUUGCCGGCGCCUGAAAGUCAAUUAUAUAAUAAGUUUCUAGUGAGCUAAGUUAUUGAGUUAAGUUUGGAUUAAGCUAGUUACUGCAGGCUCAGCUUUUUUCUUAUAACUUUUACCUCCCCACUCAGAGACAUUUAAUGGUUACUUAAGCCAUUCCUUAGUGAAGGAUUUGUAUGACAUUCCGUCACUAAGGAGUGACUUAACUUAUUAACAUUGUUAGGACUAAAAUAAAAUUUCAAUUGACAAAAAAUUAACUAAAACUGUAAAAUUUUGAUAUUUUUCUUUCCAUCAUUCGUGCAUCUAUGUAUGAUAUUUGCAAAUUAACUUUAUUUUGAUGUCAAGUCAUCUUAAUUUGAAGAUGAUAAAAAACUGGACCUAGACCAUAUUUUCCAAAGAAAAUUGUCUAUCAUAGACGGUUCUACCGUUCAUAGCAAUUUUCAUAGACUAGUCUCCAUAUUGCAAAGCUUGGAACUUGUUUCAAAGCUUGUCAUUGUAUAUUGAACUUUAUUUUUACUCUCAAUAAAGUUCAAAACAAAAUUUGUAUUAAACACUUUUUUGUAGGUAAAAUAAGGUUCAAAAUUACAUUGGGUCUACCUUAAUCUGUCAAAUUUCUUCAAUAGAUUUUCAACCUUAUCAAAAUAGUGAAAGGUUGAUGUUCGAUUGGUCAAAUUUGACAGAUUUGGGUAGGUCGUCUAUACAGUUGUAUAAACAAAUCCAAUUUUUGUAAAAAGUGGGAUAUACCUGGAUGUAACAAAUUCUUUACCUAUUUACUGCUAUUUCCGAUAUACUGUCUAUGUGUUAAUUUGUUUGAUAGAGAUAGAAUUUUGAUAUUAGACCGAUACAAGUUAUGUCAACCUUCUAUCGUUAGUCAGCAAGACAAUAGAUAGAUUUAAUAUUGGGACGGCCGUUAGACAAUAAUUACAUACUUUGAGAAUUUGACACUAAUGAAAAAAAGUGUUUAAAAGGUAGCUAAGUAAAUAAACAAGCUGAUUGAAAGUUUAUUUCGAUAAAAAAGUACAUCAUUAAUUAUUACAUGCAAGCAACGAUUUUUAUAAUUAUUUUGUUUUUAAAUAAAAUCGUUUUGUUUGUAUUUUUUUAUUUUUAGUAAGUAAAUAGUCUCGACAGCCGUGUUGGGUAUGCUGGUGACAGAAAAAAUAUGUAAAAAUUAAUAAAAAAUGCAAAAAAUAUUUUUUUUCAUUUUUUUUUGCAAUUUUUAUUGUUACUCGAUGUGCUAUUAAAUUGUAAAUAUGUUCAUAUGAUUUUUAAUUAUAAAUAUACCUGAUUAUAUUUAAUUUUUAAGAAUUUUUGAUGAUUUUUGGCGCUAACAUUAGUUACCAGCAGACCUGUCAACUUACACGGCAUAAUUUUUUUAUUAUAUAAUUUAUUAUUUUGAAAAAUAUUAUUAUUAUAUUAAGUUAGAAAUGAUGAAUGUAAGUAAUUUAUUUUGAAUGAUAAAUAAAUGAAAUGUUGUUUUUUAAGAAUUAAUUAUUAAUAUUUUUCUAUUUUUUUUUUAUAUAAUCGCACCUACAUUAUAGUUACUAAAUAGGGUUGUAUCAUUUUAAAUGAAAGAACUGAUUAUUAUGUAAUAAUGUUUAAAAUUAAGAGUUUAUUGAAUUUUAUUGUUUUUGUAUAAAAUUGUAUAAAACUCAGAAUGAAGCAUGGAUGACAGAAUAUAUUUUUUCAUAAAUAAAUAAAUAUUGAUUUAUUA